UCGUUGUCUCUUUUCUCAGCACACCACGCCGCCAGCCCCGACUCACCAGAGCGCCGCCGGCCCGCCACCAUCGAACCCUCGACCCCGCCGUCAACCUAUUCGGCCUCGCAGGCGCAGCUGCCCGCCUCUCGUUUGUCGAAGCCAGCUGUUGUCCGUCGCCACGGUGCCACCACGUCUCCUAUCUUCCUCCUCCAGCCCACUGCAUGACCCGCCGGCCGCCAACACCUCCACGAGCAGUCCACCACUUUCUGUAGCCUCUGUGCCGGCCGUCGACGAUACAUCCGCCGCCGCGUCGUGAAGUUCGGUAUAAACCGGAAACCGAACCAAAAUUAUCGGUUAACCGGUUUUUCGGUUUUGCCUAUUCACACGCUUAUUUCGGUUACCUCUUGCUGGUAACCGAAUUAAAGAAAAAACCGAAUUUUCGGUUUCCUCCACAGUUCGGCCAUCGCGGACAUCAGACAGCGGCGGCGGAGAGAAGCUACCAUGGAGGGGGUGGCAUGGAAGCAGCGGAGCCCCGCUACCUGUCCCCCUAUCCGUUGCAUCGUCAAGCUAGGCGGAGCGGCCAUCACGAACAAGGGCGAACUGGAGAGCAUCGACCAGGAUAGCCUGCGGUCUACGUGCGCGCAGCUGCGACAGGCCAUGUCCGACCCCGCCGCCAAGGGGAAGGUUAUGGGGAUGGACUGGAGCAGGAGGUUCGGCGAUCCGGCCGACCCGGUUGUGGACGCAGAGGGGUUCGCGGAUAUGCCAGGGAUUGGGCUCGACAGUAACUUCAUCGUCGUCCACGGUGCCGGUUCUUUUGGUCACUUCCAAGCAAGUAGAUCUGGAGUCCAUAAAGGAGGGUUGCAUUCAACACUGGUGAAGGCAGGCUUUGUGGCUACAAGAAUUUCAGUGACUUCUCUCAACCAGGAAAUUGUUAGAGCCUUGGCAAGAGAAGGAAUACCGUCAGUUGGAAUGCCACCAUUUGCUUGUGGAUGGUCUACUCAGCAAAGAAAUCUUGCAUCAGCCGAUGCUUCUCAAAUCAUUCAGUCACUCCAUGCUGGUUUUGUCCCUGUUUUACAUGGAGAUGCUGUUUUUGAUGAAUUGCUGGACUGCACCAUAUUGAGUGGGGAUGUCAUUAUACGUCACCUGGCACAGCUCCUGACUCCAAAAUAUGUUGUAUUUCUGACAGAUGUUCAUGGAGUGUACGAUCGUCCUCCGACUGACCCAGAUGCAGUACUUCUCAGAGAGAUAGAGGUGGAUGACAACGGAGGCUGGUCAGUUGUAAAACCUGCAUUACAAGACAACGGAAAAGGAGUCGAGAUAUCAGUAGCUUCACACGAUACCACUGGAGGAAUGGAGACGAAAAUAUUGGAAGCUGCUGCGAUUGCUAGGCUUGGAGUUGAUGUGUACAUUACAAAGGUUGAUACAGAACACUCCCUGAGAGCCUUGAAGGGGGCUGUGAACACAUGCUCGGACGAUUGGCUUGGAACUGUUAUACGCUCUGCUAAAUAGUUAUCUUGGCACAAGGGUCAAAUAGCUAUGAUUUCUAUGCUGUAGGAACCGCGGGUCGACGGGUGAGCUUUAAAUUCGUCAGAUAAUAACUAGCCACGCUCAUCCGUUGCGCGUGGCCAUGCCUGAUAGAGUUUAUAGCCUGUUUUUCCUUUUUGAGUGAGCUUAACAGAAGCUUUGAAAUCAAUUAUUCCCAUCAGUGAAAAAGACAGCCUCGGUGCAAAAUAAUCUGAAUGAUAUGUCUGGAUGGAAUGUAAUUUCAACUCUUAUACCAAACUGCUGCAGGCCAUAUACCAUGCAAUACGUUUGGAUCUC